AUGGAGCUUGGGGAUGCCUUUAGGAAGCCCGCCCGCGCAAGUGGUGUCGUCGGCGGAUCCUCGGCCGGCGGCCCGGACCGGCUGAGCUCUCUGCCGGACUGCCUCCUCCAUACCAUCAUGUCCUCCUUGAAAGCUCGGCAGGCGGUCCAGACAUGCGUGCUGUCCACACGGUGGAGGCACCUCUGGCGCUCGGUGCCGUGCCUCGACAUCGACUUUGAUGAGUUCAGCAACACGGCGCCCGCUUCUGACGUCUUCGAUAGCAACGAGAGCGACGACGAUACCUCUGAUUCCGACAGUGAUAACUGGCACAACCACAAGGACUGGGAGCACUUCACCAAGUACAAGGACUGGGAGGAUUUUGAGGAUUUUGCUGUGACACUGAUACGCCGCUUGUGCCGCUCUUUGGUGGAUUUGGAGCUGGACAAUUGCAGUUGUGAAAUUCAGUCAAUCACCUCCCAAUCGCUGAAGACCCUGGUUCUGAAAAGAUGUGGAUGGCGCAAUCUUUCUGAGAUUAUAUCGCCCACACUGAAGACAUUGGUUAUUGAUGGCGGCUCAAAUAUAGGUGCCUGUGUGCUAGUUAUCUUGGCCCCCUCUGUGGUGUAUCUGCAUUUGGCUAUGCGUGUUGACUACUUUAGUGGCGGUGUUUCAUUAAAUGAGGUGCCAUCCGUUGCCCAGGCUUUGAUUCAUCUAUGGUAUCACAAAUAUGUUUAUGCCAGAAGUAAACUUGCUGGCGAUCAAUUCAAGCUUCUCUGUAGCAUAUCUAAUUCGACAAAUUUAGAAUUGUCGGAUGUUGGGACAACAGUGCUUGGUAAGGAACCCAAAUUCCAAGAAUUCAAGAACCUGAGGAGCUUAUUGCUGGACAGAUGUGAUCUCAGUGAUGACUUCAAGACAUUGGUAUUCUUUCUUCGGAGUUCUCCUAUUCUUGAGAAGCUCACUUUGCGGUGCUGCGAGUUCCCAAAAUAUUCUAACAAAAAGAAAGGAACACCCAUACUCAACAAGACCUCAUCUUCUGAGCUCCGUGGACUGGAUUUGCUGUGUGAGAACCUCAAGGUUGAAAUCAUAUAUAAUGAUGGCUAUGGACCCCACCUUAUGCAGCUUCUGCUGCGCAUUUCAGUGAAUUUGUCGAAGAACAACGUUAAACUCACCAAAGUUAAUUAG